GGAAUCUGAUCUGUUCCUGUUGGAUGUCCAGGACCUGCGUGCUGGGACCGAGGGCUGGCUAGUGUUUGAUGUCACGGCCGCCAGCAACCACUGGUUAGUGGAUCAGAAAUACAACCUGGGGCUGCGACUCUACGUGGAGACGGAUGAUGGGCACAGCGUCGACCCGGGCUCGGCGGGGCUGCUGGGGCGCCGGGGGCCCCGCUCCAAGCAUCCCUUCAUGGUGACGCUUUUCCCGGCGAGCCCGAGCCCCAGCCCCGCGCGCGUUACACGGGCGGCCAAGCCCCCGAGAAAGCGGCAACCCAAGAAGACGAACAACCUCCCGCAUCCAAACAAGCUGCCGGGAAUUUUUGAUGAGGUCCACGCCGCGGACGGGCGGCAGGUCUGCCGGCGCCACGAGCUCUACGUCAGCUUCCAGGACCUCGGCUGGCUGGUACUUGUCUACUGGGAGAAGUAA